UGCCCGUUCCGCAACUGGGCUCCGGCAGGUCCCUGGAGGGGGAUGGCACGCCGCGGCCGCCCAUGUUCCACCGAGGGGGCUUCUCGUGAAAAAAACCCUGGCUUUCCCCCCUGCCCUCGUGUGCUCGCAAUCUGUCUUCCCCUCCGUCUGUCUGUCUCUCCCCUCCUCUUGACAAGUAGAGGAGCGAGGGAGAACACGCUACCUGAUGGACCGAAUGACAGAGGACGCCCUGCGCCUGAACCUCUUGAAGCGGAGCCUGGACCAAGCCGACGAGCGGGAUGACGUCCUGGCCAAGAGGCUGAAGAUGGAAGGGCACGAGGCCAUGGAGCGCCUCAAGAUGCUGGCGCUGCUCAAGAGGAAGGACCUGGCGGGCAUCGAGGUGCCCCACGAGCUGCCCGUCAAGCAGGAUGGCCUGAAAGUCUACGAGGAGAAGCUGAAUGGGAACCUGAGGCCCCACGCGGACAGCCGGACUUCAGGCAGGCCGGGGAAGGAGAACAUCAAUGAUGAGCCAGUGGACAUGAGCGCAAAGAGGAGCAGCGACCAGGACAGGGGGCGGCUAACCCCCUCGCCAGAUAUCAUUGUCCUUUCCGAUAAUGAGGCUUCCAGUCCCCGCUCCAGUUCCCGGAUGGAAGAAAGGCUCAAGGCUGCCAACCUGGAAAUGUUCAAGGGCAAAGGCGUUGAGGAAAGGCAGCAGCUCAUCAAACAGCUUCGGGACGAGUUGCGGCUGGAGGAGGCCCGGCUGGUGCUGCUCAAGAAGUUGCGGCAGAGCCAGCUGCAGAAGGAGAACGUGGUACAGAAGACUCCGGUUGUUCAGAAUGCAGCAUCUAUUGUCCAGCCAUCUCCUGCCCAUGUUGGACAGCAGGCUCUGUCCAAACUUCCCUCCCGGCCUGGAGCUCAGGGGGUUGAGCCCCAAAACCUCCGAACAUUACAGGGUCACAGUGUCAUCCGGUCAGCCACCAACACGGCCCUCCCCCACAUGCUUAUGUCUCAGCGGGUCAUCGCGCCCAACCCCGCCCAGCUCCAAGGGCAGCGCGUCCCCCCGAAACCAGGCCUCAUCCGCACCACCACUCCAAGCAUGAGCCCGGCCAUCAGCUACCAGCCGCAGUCUAGCUCGGCUGUCCCCUGCCAGCGCACCACGUCCUCGGCCAUCUACAUGAACAUGAACCUUGCCUCCCACAUCCAGCCGGGCACGGUGAACCGGGUGUCGUCGCCGCUGCCCAGCCCCAGCGCCCUCAACGACGCUGCCAACUCCCAGGCGGCCGCCAAACUCGCCCUGCGCAAGCAGCUGGAAAAGACCCUCCUGGAGAUCCCGCCCCCCAAGCCGCCCGCCCCCUUGCUCCACUUCCUGCCCAGCGCAGCCAACAGCGAGUUCAUCUACAUGGUGGGGCUGGAGGAAGUGGUGCAGAGCGUCAUCGACAGCCAAGGCAAAGGCUGCGCUUCCCUCUUGCGAGUGGAGCCGUUCAUUUGUGCCCAGUGCCGCACCGACUUCACCCCACACUGGAAGCAGGAGAAGAACGGCAAGAUCCUGUGCGAGCAAUGCAUGACCUCCAACCAGAAGAAGGCGCUCAAGGCCGAGCACACCAACCGGCUGAAGAACGCCUUUGUCAAAGCGCUGCAGCAAGAACAGGAGAUAGAGCAGCGGCUACAGCAGCAGGCAGCCCUGUCCCCCACCACUGCUCCCGCUGUGUCCAGCGUCAGCAAACAGGAGAGCAUCAUGCGACACCACACGCUCCGCCAGGCGCCGCAACCCCAGAGCACCCUGCAGCGCGGAAUCCCCACCUCGGCUCGCUCCAUGCUGUCCAACUUUGCGCAGGCCCCGCAGCUCUCCGUCGCGGGCGGCCUCCUUGGCAUGCCAGGUGUCAACAUCGCUUACCUGAACGCUGGGAUCGGGGGCCACAAAGCAUCAAGUCUGGCGGACCGGCAGCGGGAAUACCUUUUAGAUAUGAUCCCGCCGCGGUCUAUAUCGCAGUCCAUCAGUGGGCAAAAAUAACGCCAGCUGCCCACUCCCCUUUCCCGCCCCUCGGACCCCCGCCCUCCCCCUCGUCCGUCGCAUGCAGUGCCUGUAUUGGUGCCUAUUAAACGUGGAGGAAAAGAAAAAAAGACAAAAAAAAAAGAGAAGAGAACAUUUCCAGUCUUCAAUGAACUUCCCUCGUCUCUCCUCGCCUUUGCAUUUCAUUCGCGGCGAGAGGCCCUGUUCCCCAGCCCGAGGUCAGAACGUGUCUGCUUGGAUCCUGCACUAUACUUGUGUUAAUUAAUGCUUGUUUUAUGCUCUUUUUUUUUCUUUUGUAAUGACAAUGCAUAGAAUUUUUAAUUGUUGUGUUCUUAUUUUUAAUAACUUUUCCCCCCUUUGGCUUAAAUGGACUUUCUUUUUUUUUUUUAAAGAAAAACUUUUUUUUCGGUUGUAGAAAAAAAGACGUUUUUAAGAGACUGCAAAAGGGCACCCGCUUCGAACUUCUCCUGACUUGGUGCUUCAGCAGGGUGCGAGAGGCGCCCGAGGCAGGGAGGAAGCCACCCCCGUGGGCGUGGCUGAGCUUUUGCAAGGCAAAGGGUCCCUGCUGCGGAUGGUGCGCCCGAAGGUGGACCCAGAUGCGCUCCUGGCGGGGACGGGUAGAGGGAGCCGGAACGGGGGGAGUUUUCUAAUCCUCGGGGAAAGGACAGGGUGGUUUUGUAGUCACGCUUGUGGGGAUUCCCACGGAGAGAUUUGCUGGUUAAUAUUUCAGGGGAGGGGGAGCGUUCUUCUCUCAAGGGGCGGUGCCAAGGAACCAACCCCGUGGAAGAUGACCCACCUCUUUGGAACGUUCUUUCCUCCCGUUUCCUCUCUGCUGCUGGUAGUUCCCCACGUCCCCCCCCCCCCGCCUCAUCCCUUCCUUCCCUGUAGUCCAAAGGAACCAUGCAGUAUUGUACCAGCACUCCAAAGAGUUUCACUCUCACCAAACCGAAACCUGCCAGGGGGUGCAUGUGUCUUCACUCUGGCUUCCGCGCCAGCAGAGGGCGCUGCCGGCUGCCGGCAUGGCUCUGGCUCCACGGUCCCAAAGGCAAACUGGUUGAGGACGUCUCUGCCUGCCGGCUGACUUUGAGUAGAGUGGGUGGGGGGAGCAUUUGAGAGGCCAGGCUGAGGAGAGGCAGGACCAGCUGGCUUCUUAGAUAGGCUGCGGGGAAGGAGAAGCCGCACCUGCGGAGGGGGCCGGAGGCGUUUCCCGCCAGCAGGGUCUCUUCCAGCGGAGAGGACAUCGUUCCGCUGCUCAGAGUUUUGUUCUCCUUUUCUUCAUCUUCAGUUUCCUCCUUUCCUUCCUCAGCCACAGGAGACUUCUCCGACCUUAAAUGGGCACAAGGAGGGGGCCUCCAGGCGUCCUGCACCUGUUCUGUUCUUUCACUGACGUCCUCUUCCAGACAGAGAACACGGUGGCCUCAAAGGUCCCCCCUACCUCUGCUGUGCUUGUGCUGUUCCCCAGGGGCCCCUCCAGACCCGCACUUUCUCUUCCCCUCCAAUCUGCGAGCACUUAAAAAAAAAAACCCAGGAGAUGGGAUGAGGCCUGCCUGCGUGUGGGACUGGGUGGGGGAACCCCUUCCCAUCCGGGUCAAGAUGCUCUUUAAAAGCCAGCAGAAGGUCCAUUUUGAUACAUGCACCCCCAUGCAGAAAGAUUUUGUCGUCCCCCCCCCCACAGAGGCUUCCAGCCCCCUUGCAGCCACGCAGAUACUGUGGUGGCUUCCUUUUCCUGUUCCGUUUCCUGUUUGAAAUCUUCUCCUCCCAGCCUGCCCUCAUUCCAUCUUCCUCUCUCCAGCCCCUCGAUGCCCUUGCUUGAAUGUGAUUCGUGAUCCCCCGCCCAUCACCAAAAACCCAAGUGCCAUUGUUUCCCCCCCCCCCGCACCUCCCCCCCCCCCUUAGCCCCUUAAAAUCAGGCAUUGCCAAGAGUUCCGAUGCAACCACCUGUAUUGGUUAGGAUGUAGUGUUUUUUAAAGGUAAUGGUGACGAUGUAAGAAAUGUGCAAUACUAAACCCUCUUUCGUUUGGGGGUGGGUGGGGCCUCUGCCCCAAAGCCUUGGCCAGAGGCUUUGAUGGUGAACAUGAAACAGUAGCAAGCCAGACCCCUUUUUGUGAGGAGGGGGAGAUUGGCCAGACGUCGUUCCCUCCUUAACUUCUGGCUGCCAUGUAGUUUUAGUAGUCAAGAAGGAGUCCCCAGGAGGAGUUGGCUGGGACUGAUCCGUAUGUUUCUUGCCGGUUUUAGCUCAAGGUGAAAAUAAUCUCUAGUUCCUCCCCACCUCCAAGGUGUCUUGCCUUCCAAGGAAUUUUGCAGCUGGCCCAAAGGGAUCAGCAAAGCUCUGCAGGUUGGUGGAUUAGCCCCCCCCCCUUUGAAAUGAUCCUUUGAGGGGCGAUAGAAGCGUUGGUGGUGACCCAGCAAUUAUCCUGUUCGAUGCAGGUUUCUGACCGGAGCGUUCCGGACUGGCCAAGUCUCUGCCUCGAACAUGUCCGUGUUUUUGGGAGGGGGGGGCGGGCCCUGAUCCAGGAAGCAGUCAACAUUUAUUCCCUUGCCCCCUCCCUUUUUUGGGUCAGGGUAGGUAGAAGACAGCGGAUUCAGAUAACAGCUCCAUAGUCUGGAGGACGGGGG